AUGAGUAUGCUCGUUAAACUUAUUGGCUCAGGCAUCGGAUUAACCUCCGAGGCCAUCCAUGCCGCCCGUGCUCGUUCAAAAGAGUCACAAUCUACCCAAGCAUCGUCUUCUACUCUAGGGUACGUCAACGUAGACCCAGAUACUGCCAAUGAACUAGUUCGCAGUGGACAAGCCGAGCGAGUUGAUGAAAAUGAGAACGACUACUCUGAAAUCGCCAACGAUGAGGCCGUUUGGGAGCUGGAUGAAAUGGCCGAGAGCGUGCGAGGCACACACAGUGAGGAAGAAGGACCCGCUGUGCCAGAGACAGAAGAAAUCAGCGCGAAAAGGAAUGAAGAGAUGAUCCGCCAGCUUCUUCGGAUGGCAGGGCUUGCACCCCAGCCAAUACGACGACUCGAACGUCCGGUGAUCAUUCCUCAACGUCGACCUCGCAAUAAAACUCGUGGUUUUGUACGUGCGUACGCUCCUAUACUAGCCGAUUGCGGCAUAAAUCAAGAUACAUUCUUGCAAUUUCUCUUGGAUUUCGAUAGAGCGAGCAAGGCUUCACCUUGGAUUGAUGUGGUCAUGGUUGCUGCUAGCAUUGCGGGGUUCGUUCCCGAGCUCUCAGCUCAGAUCAUCAGUACUGUCGUGCAGAUUGCUGCAGGAACAGCGAAGGAGCUCCAGUCACGCUCACGGAAAAACUCAUUCCUGGACCGAGUGAACGACGAAUUGUUUAUGCCGCGCGGCCUAUUCGCCAUGGUGAUGGCAUUCAAAGAUGAAGUCCCCGGUCAACAGCGCGGUAUGUUAAGCCAGUUAUCGAAGACCCUGGGGCAAACUAUUUUUUCAAGUGAGAAGCUUGACAUUAAUCAGACUGCCGCCAAGUACAGUCAAAGAGACCCGGAAAUGUCGAAGUUGAAGAAAGGACUGAGGGAUAUCAGGUUGACGAGUGGUAAGACCCAUGGGGAGAUUGAACUCCCCGAGUCUGCGGCACUGGUCUAUCCCGAUCUAGAUCGGAUAGUAGCCAACGCAAUUGAAGACCAGAGUAACGGAAAAGGAAAAACUACGUCAGCUGGGUCUCUUGAAAAGUUGAAGAGCGCUGGGGUUUGGGUCCAGGACUAUUUGGACCGUAAGGCACAAGCGGAAUAUGAAGCUGAAUACCCAAAAUCCUCGCUGGCUGUGCCAUCCACAGAGCGGGUGCCUUUCAAAUCUCGCUAUAGCGACCCCAAUCACCCUGCAAACAGUGGUUCAUUGAUUUCGCUGCUGACAGGUGGGGCUAUAAACCCGCCGCCAUUGGGGGGAAGAUUGGGGGGAGGAGGCUUGGGAGGAGGCUUGAGAGGAGGAGGCUUGGGAGGAAGGGCUGGCCGGAGUUAUGGACGAGAAUUUAAGGGUGCUAGGCGUGUCCCUCUUGGACGAUCUCCCUCUGGAGCACAAAGACAACUGAAGCAGAGGAUGCCCAAGAUCUUGCAACAGGAUGUGCUUUAUCUUUUAGUCGUUCACCUUCCUAGUCAAGAGGAGAUACAGGAGUCAACCGCUCUGCUUGAACUUGCUUUGCAACAGGUUGAAGCUGCUUCUCGUUGA